GUACCUGUAUGGCGGGUCCUUGUGCGGGUGCGGGUAUGGCCUCUGGUGGAGUAUCGCGGGUAUACCUGCGGGUGCACCUGCAGGUAUUUUCAGUAGUCACAGAAGCUCAAAUAUGCGGAGUAAUGCAUUGGAAUAGAUUUGCGACUAACAUUGCCAUCUGUUUCUAUUCAAUACCCGCAGGUACCUGCAAUACGGGGUGCGGGUCACCCGCGGGUGCACCCGUGCGAUGCCCUGACAUCGGUCAAAGGGUCGAAGUGUGGCUCAAGUCAGACACUCAAUGGAAUGAUCUCUUACUUCGACCAUGCAGCACAAUCCAACCCAUCUACGAGCUCUUUCAGCAUCUGAUCGACAUCCCUCGUCAUGCACACCUCGUCAAAACGAUCAUUCUGGACUGCUUUGACGACCUCGAGUACUACAACGAGGCAGAACGGGAAGCAGUGGACAAGAUAGACGUCCAUACAUUUGCAAAAGAAAUACAAAAUCGUGGAUUGCCUCCUAUUCUGGUAUCUAAAGUCGUUGAGAGGGUACACUGGGCUGUCGCGUUAUCCUUGUUGUCACUACUUCCAAAUCUAGAAGGAGCACCGUUGCGCUGGAUAGAUAUGUGGGGAGAUACGAGGCAAGGGAUACCACUGGAUGCGGAAUCUCUGUUUCCCGCAUUUUCGUACCCUUCGCUGAUCGAAAUAGCCGCAUGUCGAGUCGCGCCUAGAUCCAGGAAGGAUGAUAACGAUGUGAAAAUCUUUUCUCAAGCAGAUGUCACGAGGCGAUACAACGAGUCUGAUGUGAAAGCAGUUGAACUACUCGACUCCUACAUCGAUAGUGAUACACUCGCUAGGUUCUUGAGGCUUCCCCGCGCUCUGAAGAAGUUCGUUUACAUCGAAUCGGACGAUUGUUUCACCUUAACUUCGCGUUCAGAAGUGGAUUUUCGACGUGCACUCGAUUAUAUCUCUGGUACCGUUGAGAUUCUAGUCUUGGAACUGAAUAAUGAUGCAAUUCUACGUGCCGGAACUUGGUCCCUCAGCUACUUCAAAUGUAUUCGUACACUCUCCAUCAGCUAUAAACUUUUGGUGGCAGAAGAUAGGAAGAGUGUUGUCGAUCGACUUCCCCCACUUCUGGAAGUCUUAUUUUUACGAAUUCUAAGGAGGCAUGCCUUGGAAGAUGAAAGUAUCAUCGACUGCUUUGAAACUAUUCUUAUGAGAAAGUCACAAGAUGUUCUCGCUCAUCUUGAGGUCAUUUCACAAAGUAACCCGGGUUGCGAUUGGAGCCGUCUUAAGGAUCUGGCUGCGGAGAAGGGUGUAAAAAUUGGGCCAUACGACCUGAUUCCAGACAGAUACAUCCGCUAUUAG